AUGUAUGCAGCAACCUUUAUGCAUGUUCUUGCACUCGCUGCCGCCGUUACCGCAGCCCAGAUCAGCAUCGCAUCCGUUACGGUCAAUGAUCUUGUGACCCCGUUGGGUGUCGAUAAUGCAGCGCCUACCUUCGGUUGGAUCAUCGGGAGUGUGGCGGCUCGUGGAGCGUCUUUCACGGCUGCACAAGUUCAAGUCUUGCCAGCUACCGGAACAUCUCCCCUUUGGGACUCCGGCACUGUGGCAACAAACGUAACCCGUCUGGUUUACUCUGGAAAGAGUCUGCCCUCGCGAACCAACUUCAACUUUCAAGUCCGACUGCUGGAUAACUCCGGAGGUUGGACAAAAUGGUCCACAAGUACCUUUGCAACCGGUUUAGUCGCUGAUGAAGACUGGGAGUCUGCGCAGUGGAUAGGGGCCGCGAAUCCAUCUGUGGACCAGCCAAUUCUACGCACCGACUUUGACGUCUCCCGGGAGAUUGCCAGCGCAAAGCUAUUCAUCACUGCGAUUGGCGGCUAUGAGGCGUACCUCAACGGCCAGAGAGUCGGCGACCUGUAUCUCGCAUCUUCUUGGACACAGUACGCCAAGCGGUCCUCCUAUGACACACACGAUGUUACCAAGCAGAUCAUCGAGGGCUAG